UUUCAAAUGAAACGGUGAUCAAGUAAGCAUUGAAACCAAUUUCGCCUCGCUUUGUGUUCGGUCGUGCUUUCGUUUUGUCACAAGUUUGCCGGCUUUCAAUGAGUUAACACAAAAAAGUGAAUGUGAAAUUUCGUCAAAAUUUUCUGUGUAGUUAAUUUAUUUUAACAGAGCCCAAAAGCCAGCUCACGCAUACAGGGCACGUGAAGUUGACAACUUGUCAUCGUAGCAGAAAAACUAAAAAAUAGAAGUACACAAAAUUAACAAUUAAGAAGGAAACUACACAAAAAUCGUUAAAAUGAGUAAGGCAGAUUCGAACUCGCGUCAGGGCUCCUACAAAGCCAACUCCAUCAACACCCAGGACUCGCGCAUGCGCCGCCAUGAGGUGACCAUCGAGUUGCGCAAGUCAAAGAAGGAGGACCAGAUGUUCAAGCGCCGGAACAUCAACGAUGAAGAUCUUACCUCGCCGCUAAAGGAGCUCAAUGGCCAGUCGCCGGUGCAGCUAUCUGUCGAUGAGAUCGUUGCUGCCAUGAACAGCGAGGAUCCGGAGCGCCAGUUCAUCGGCAUGCAGUCGGCACGCAAAAUGUUGAGCCGGGAGCGUAAUCCACCCAUUGACCUGAUGAUCGGCCAUGGCAUCGUGCCCAUUUGCAUUCGCUUUCUACAGAACGCCAACAACACCAUGCUGCAGUUUGAGGCGGCCUGGGCUUUGACCAAUAUCGCCUCUGGUACCUCCGAUCAGACGCGUUGCGUCAUCGAGCACAAUGCCGUGCCGCAUUUCGUGGCCCUGCUACAGUCUCAGUCCAUUAAUCUGGCCGAGCAGGCCGUUUGGGCCUUGGGCAACAUUGCCGGCGAUGGAGCAGCAGCUCGCGAUAUUGUCAUCCAUCACAACGUCAUCGACGGCAUCUUGCCGUUAAUCAAUAACGAGACGCCGCUCUCAUUUCUGCGCAACAUCGUCUGGCUUAUGUCCAAUCUGUGCCGUAACAAGAAUCCCUCGCCGCCGUUCGAGCAGGUGAAACGUCUUCUGCCAGUCCUAUCACAAUUGCUGCAAAGCCAGGACAUUCAGGUACUGGCCGAUGCCUGCUGGGCCCUGUCCUAUGUGACGGACGAUGACAACAGCAAGAUCCAGGCUGUGGUCGAUUCGGACGCCGUGCCACGCCUGGUCAAGCUCCUACAAAUGGACGAGCCAAGCAUCAUCGUGCCUGCACUGCGCAGCGUAGGUAAUAUAGUGACUGGAACGGAUCAACAGACUGAUGUAGUAAUUGCCUCUGGGGGACUGCCCAGGCUGGGAUACCUCCUGCAGCACAGCAAGAGCAACAUUGUUAAGGAGGCUGCCUGGACAGUCAGCAACAUAACGGCAGGUAAUCAGAAGCAGAUCCAGGCCGUGAUUCAGGCUGGCAUUUUCCAGCAGCUCCGCAACGUGCUGGAGAAGGGCGACUUCAAGGCCCAAAAGGAGGCUGCCUGGGCGGUGACAAAUACCACAACCUCUGGCACGCCGGAGCAGAUCGUCGAUUUGAUUGAAAAGUACAAAAUCCUCAAGCCAUUUAUUGAUCUGCUGGAAGCCAAGGAUCCGCGCACCAUCAAGGUGGUGCAGACUGGACUGUCGAAUCUUUUCGCCCUCGCCGAGAAGUUGGGCGGCACCGAGAACCUCUGCCUGAUGGUCGAGGAGAUGGGCGGCCUGGACAAGCUGGAAACGCUGCAGCAACACGAAAACGAAGAGGUCUACAAAAAGGCCUACGCCAUCAUCGACACAUACUUCAGUACCGGAGAAGAUGAGGCCGAGCAGGAGCUGGCCCCACAGGAGGUCAACGGAGCCCUCGAGUUCAAUGCCACUCAACCCAAGGCACCCGAAGGGGGCUACACUUUCUAGACUAACCCAAAAAAAUCUUUUCGCCGCAUACACUUAGUACAUAAGACGCCCAGUUUCCUUUGAGCUGCGACCGCGCUCACACAUUAAUCUAAUUGCCAUUAGCAAUGCCAUUGCACAACAAACCCAUACAUUCCCAAAUCACUAGGAGGCAUGAUAUUCGAUUCGGGCAGGCAGAAGAUAAUGCCAUACACUAAUUUUCGUUUCUCUUAAAUCAUUACCAACAUUGUCUCUCAAAACUCCAUAACCGCGUGUGAUAAAUUUCCGGCGAUGCCUGGUAGAACGGAUCUCUUGGCUUUCCACCGCUGCAAUCUCCAGGACAGCUGUGCUGACCAGGUUGCUAUCCAGAAUCCGUAUGCCAUGGCCACCGCCGCCUGUAUGUGUGCGUGCUGGGCUUUUUUACGAACUCACUUUCAAAACAUUUUUAGGCUGUUAGUAUUUAUUUAUGUAAACACGAUAUGCUUUUAAUCCCCUAUCGCAAGCAUUACAACAAUCACUCGAAACCCCAUA